AUGCUCACUGCGGUUCGCUGCGUGUUUACCAAACUCAUGUCUCCUUUCUGGAGGUCUGUGGAGGAGGACAGCUGCUCAGACGGACCCUUCUCUGGAGCUACAGUUAUGGAGGACAUUCGCCACUUGAGAAGCAGCGUAGUGACACAGCUGUUCCAGGACUACGGCAUGAUCGACGGUGCCAUCUACUUCACCACCGCUGAGGUCCUGGGAGGGAUUCCAGUCAAACAAGGAGACCUGGUCAACUGCAUCGCGGUUCGAGACGGCUCCGAGGGCGGCUGGAAAGUAUUAAGGGUGGAGAAGAGCGCUGAUGCCUGGGAGGAAGGGGGGCAGACGUCUUUGGAGGCAGAUACACAGCAGCUCCGGCCACUCAUCGGCACCGUCACCUCCUACGAUGGAAACGGAGGCUACAUAAACCAGAACAGUCUUCACAAAGGACUGUCUCAGUGA